AGUCAUGGCGGCCUGCAGGCGCUGCUGCUCGUGCCUCCGGCUCAGGCCUCUGGGUGCUGUGCCCCUGCGUCUGCCAGGGCGGGAUCGGGCACUCACACACUUGCAGGUGCGCGCGCUGUGGGGCAGUGCGGGGUCCCGAGCUGUGGCAGUGGAUUUGGGCAACAGAAAAUUAGAAAUAUCCUCCGGAAAACUGGCCAGAUUCGCAGAUGGCUCUGCUGUAGUACAGUCAGGUGACACUGCAGUGAUGGUGACAGCGGUCAGCAAAACAAAACCUUCACCUUCGCAGUUCAUGCCUUUGGUGGUUGAUUACAGACAGAAGGCUGCUGCAGCAGGUAGAAUUCCCACAAACUAUCUUAGAAGAGAAAUUGGUUCUUCUGAUAAAGAAAUUCUAACAAGUAGAAUAAUAGAUCGUUCAAUUAGACCUCUCUUUCCAGCUGGUUACUUUUAUGAUACACAGGUUCUUUGUAAUCUGUUAGCAGUAGAUGGUAUUAAUGAACCUGAUGUCCUUGCAAUUAAUGGUGCUUCUGUAGCCCUCUCAUUAUCAGAUAUUCCUUGGAAUGGACCUGUUGGGGCAGUCCGAAUAGGAAUGAUUGAUGGAGAAUGUGUUGUUAAUCCCACAAGAAAGGAAAUGUCUUCUAGUACUUUGAAUUUAGUGGUUGCUGGAGCACCUAAAAGUCAGAUUGUCAUGUUGGAAGCCUCUGCAGAAAACAUUUUACAGCAGGACUUUUGCCAUGCUAUCAAAGUGGGAAUGAAACAUACCCAACAAAUCAUUCAGGGCAUCCAGCAAUUGGUCAAAGAAAUUGGUGUUACCAAGAGGACACCUCAAAAGUUAUUCAUCCCUUCACCAGAGAUUGUGAAAUAUGCUCAUAAACUUGCCAUGGAGAAACUCUAUGCAGUUUUUACAGAUUAUGAACAUGAUAAAAUUUCCAGAGAUGAAGCUGUUAACAAGAUUAGAUUAGAUACAGAGGAACAACUAAAAGAAAAAUUUCCUGAAGUUGAUCCAUAUGAAAUAAUAGAAUCCUUCAAUGUGGUUGCCAAAGAGGUCUUUAGAAAUAUUAUUUUGAAUGAAUACAAGAGAUGUGAUGGACGAGAUUUGACUUCACUUAGGAAUAUAAGCUGUGAGGUAGAUAUGUUCAAAACUCUUCAUGGGUCAGCACUGUUUCAAAGGGGACAAACACAGGUGCUUUGUACUGUUACAUUUGAUUCAUUAGAAUCCAGUAUUAAGUCAGAUCGAAUAACAACAGCUAUAAAUGGAAUAAAAGAUAAAAAUUUCAUGCUGCACUAUGAGUUUCCUCCUUAUGCAACUAAUGAAAUUGGCAAAGUCACUGGUGUAAACAGAAGAGAACUUGGGCAUGGUGCUCUUGCUGAGAAAGCUUUGUAUCCUGUUAUUCCCAAAGAUUUUCCUUUCACGAUAAGGGUCACAUCUGAAGUCCUAGAGUCAAAUGGGUCAUCUUCUAUGGCAUCUGCAUGUGGUGGAAGUUUAGCAUUAAUGGAUGCAGGAGUUCCAAUUUCAUCUCCUGUAGCAGGUGUAGCAAUAGGAUUGGUCACCAAGAACAAUUCUGAAAAGGGGGACAUAGAGGAUUAUCGUUUGCUUACAGAUAUUCUGGGAAUUGAAGACUACAAUGGUGAUAUGGAUUUCAAAAUAGCUGGUACUAAUAAAGGAAUAACUGCAUUGCAGGCUGAUAUUAAAUUACCUGGAAUACCAAUAAAAAUUGUAAUGGAGGCCAUUCAGCAAGCUUCAGUGGCAAAGAAAGAGAUACUACAGAUUAUGAAUAAAACUCUUUCAAAACCUAGAGCAUCUAGAAAAGAAAAUGGACCUAUUAUAGAAACUGUUCAAGUUCCAUUAUCAAAACGAGCAAAAUUUAUUGGACCAGGUGGAUAUCAUUUAAAAAAACUUCAGGCUGAAACAGGUGUAACUAUUAGCCAGGUGGAUGAAGAAACAUUUUCUAUAUUUGCUCCAACACCUAGUGCAAUGCACGAAGCAAGAGACUUCAUUACUGAAAUCUGUAAAGAUGAUCAAGAGCAACAGUUAGAAUUUGGAGCAGUCUAUACCGCCACAAUAACUGAAAUCAGAGACACUGGAGUGAUGGUAAAACUAUAUCCAAAUAUGACUGCAGUACUGCUUCAUAACACACAACUUGAUCAGCGAAAGAUUAAACAUCCCACUGCCUUGGGAUUAGAAGUUGGACAAGAAAUUCAGGUGAAAUACUUUGGACGUGAUCCCGCAGAUGGAAGAAUGAGGCUUUCUCGCAAAGUCCUUCAGUCUCCAGCUACAACUGUUGUCAAAACUCUAAAUGACAGAAGCAGUAUUGUAAUGGGAGAACCUUCUUCGCAGUCAUCAUCUAAUUGUUCCCGGUGAUUUUUUUUAAAGAAAAUUUUAGUAGUAUCAUCUAAUAAUGUGUAAUUUAUAUAUGGUUAAAUAUAUUCUAAUUAUUUGUAUGAAAAUACUCAUUUACAUGUGCCAUUCUUUUCAAGAGUAACCUAUUUUGGCUUGUUCUUAAUUAUAAUAGAAAUCAAUAAAUAUUUAUUAAAAGUAAACUAUUUAUAUUUCUUAGGAAAGAUUAUACUUUUGUUCCUCUAAUUCUAAAAUAUAUGUAGAAAACUUGGAACUAAUAUACCAUGUGCUUAUAAUGGAUUUCUUCCUACACAUUUUUUUCUUUAUAGUGACAGUUUACUCUUAGGCAUCUAAUAGUUUACCUCUUUGCCCCAACAGCUUUACUUGCAUACAAUUGUUUCAUAAAAUGGAAGUUGCCAUAUUCAAAGCCAGUGCCUAUUUCUUCAGAAUAGUUAACCAACACAAUAAAGGGUUAAAGGAUCUGAUUUAACCAAUUUUUAAUAUGAUCCCAUUCAAAUUAGUCACCAAAUCAUAAAUACAGUGAAGUAAGUAAUAAAAAAUUGACUCUUACUCUUUUAGCAUGAAGUAGUACAUAUAUUUUUCACAUUUACCUACACAAAUAAAAUUUUUUUUUUUACAGGCAGAGUUAGAGGAGAGAGACACAGAGAGAGUUAUAGACAGUGAGAGAGAGAGAGACAGAGAGAGAGGUCUUCCAUCCAUUGGUUCACUCCCUAAUGGCUGCUACGGCCAGCGCUGCACCGAUCCAAAGCCAGGAGCUGGGUGCUUCCUCCUGGUCUCCCAUGCAGGUGCAGGGACCCAAGCACUUGGGCCAUCCUCCACUGUCCUCCCGGGCCACAGCAGAGAGCUGGACUGGAAGAGGAGCAACCGGGACUAGAACCUGGGGUGCCGGCGCCGCAGGUAGAGAAUUAGCCAAGUGAGCCACGGAGCCGGCCACACAUAAAAAUUUAAUCAUAAAACAGAACCAGGUUAUUUUUCAGUGUGGAUAUUGCUAACAUAUGGAUAUUUUUUGGUAUAAGAACUGGUACAAUUAUGUUUGUAAUUACUAAAUAGUUUGAAAUAGUCAUGUACAAAGGUUAUUAAUAUAAUUAUUAGUAAUGUCUAUCAUGAUGACCAUUCCUAUUAUUUAAAAAAUCAUGUUAUAUUUCUGCCAAAGAAAAGUAAAUGGUACAUGAAAGUCAUAAUUAAUGAUGUGUAAUAAACUUGAUGAGAAUAUGUGUGAAUUCAUGACUCAGGGCUAACUAGUUUUUAAAUUAAAAUUCAGGUGGUCAAACCAAAGAUUUUUUUAGAUAUGUGUACUUAAUCAAUAAACAUUAAUUGUAACAUGUAUAAAAUAGCAUAUAGACAGUAUUGUUACACUUCCUGAAAUAU